GACAUUUGAGUAAAAGAAAUCAGAAACAAAGAAACCGAGACAGGCCCGUCAAUGCUCUGCGAGCACGAGAGUGGUGAGCUGAUAAGUGCAUUCUGUCUGAAAUUAUCAAACUCUUCAAAAGAAUGCAUCAAUGGUUAAACUAGUCACGUAAAUACAAACAAUCCUGAAUUCGGAGACCCUUUCUCCUUCUUUUCUUCUCUGCAUUCCAGCUUAGAAAAGAAAACAAAGGGGCGAUCCAUUGGGAAUACUCACAAAAUCUAUUUUUCUUUCUUUUUCUUUUAUUUUUUUACAUUUAAUUUUGGUAAAGAAUGGAAGAGGCAAAGGCAUUGCAGCAACAUCAACAGCAACUACUGUUGCAGCAGCAGCAGCAGCAACAACAUCAACAACAACAUCAACAACAACACCAUUUCAUGCUGUUACAGCAAUUGCAGAAGCAGCAGCAACAACAGCAAGCACAAGCAGCUGCAAUCUCUCGAUUCCCUUCAAACAUCGACGCCCACUUGCGACCCAUAAGGCCCCUCGGUCUCCAACAAAAUCCUAGCCCUAACCCUAAUUCUGCGCCUAACCCUAACCCUAACAAUCCCAUCCUCAAUCUGCAGCAGCAGCAGCAUCACCAGAACCCUAAUUCCAAUCAUGUCUCACAGCAGCAGACCCAGCAAUCGCAAACACAAUCUCAAACGCAGCAGCAUCAGCAACAACAGCAGCAGCAACAACAACAGAAAGCGAUUCGCCCUGGGAACCAGAUGGAGCUACAGAUGGCAUACCAAGAUGCAUGGCGGGUCUGUCACCCUGACUUUAAGCGACCAUUCUCUUCUCUUGAAGAUGCCUGCGAGAGAUUAUUGCCAUAUCAUGUUGUGGCAGACUAUGAAGCAGAAGAAGAUGAUAGGAUACUGGAUUCUGACACCACCGGCCAGAUGCUUUCACGGUCCCAGCAGUGGGAUAAUAAUAUUGCUGCUAAAAUUGCUGAGUUCACAGCAACUUUUGAGAAGCAGGCACUUGCCUUCAAUAUAAUAACCCAAAAAAGAGGUUUGGGGGAAUUCCGAUCUGAGGAGAGAUUGAUGUUUGAGCAGGCACUUCUUCAGGAGGAAAAGCGAGCUAUGUUGGAAUUAAGAGCUGAACUAGAGUCCAGGGAGAAGGCUGGUCGUGAAGCCCACGAGGCUAAACUUCGGAUGGCAAUGGUCCAGGCAGAGCAGGCUCGGGCUGAUUCACAGUCUCAUGCUGAAAUGAUGUCUCGAACCCCAAUAAGAGGGAGUGCACUUGGGUCCCAAGGGAGCGACAUCGCAAUCGGUCAUGACAUGAGAGAGCAGGAUCAGGGAGGCAACGCAGGUGAGAUGAUGAAUGGAUGGGGAAACAAUGCUCAGAGAGAAGAGAAGGAGCCAUCUGAUGAUUUCUUAAAUGAUGAAGCUGAAAAUGGGGACACUGGCACGCAGGAUGGCUGGCGUGAUGUUGGUGAAUUUGAUCUGAAUGCUAGGUGAUUCUCGACAUAGAUCGAUGAAUAAAACCUUUUGACUGAUAGAGCCUGAAGUAAGGAAACAAUAUCCAUUUUUUUAAAAAAAUGAUUAUUCUGGGCAUCAUAUUGAUCUUCAAGCUGCUAUCUUAAGAUUGUUUUUCUCAAUCUAUGUCCAUUGACAAGUGCGGAAGAUAAAACUGUUAAGCCAAUAUUAGAUUGGAUGAAUAUGAAGUUACGCUCGCCACAUAGUGCAGUGCACAUGAUCUCCAUCAUUAUGUCCAAAAGAAUGUUAUAUCCAUAAGCAUACAAAUGUUCAAUCAAAUGUAUAUCUCUAGUUUUAUGGGAAACUGGUUUCAUUGUUGCUGGUGAUCUAAUAUGUUGACUACCAUUUUUCUCAUUUAAAAGAUUGAGGUAAAACAUGUAGUUUAAUUUCCUUGCUCUGAAGCAAAAUUGUUUUCAGUUGCUCGUGUGCUGAUGUGCAUGGCAAUUUGACUAGCAAGUGUUGGUAGUUCCUGGCAAGUGAUGUCAGCUAUUAAUGUGCAAGAAUUUGUUUACUGAAUGA